CCCGCUUGGCCAAGUUUGCGAGCGUCGCCGCGCACGCCGGCCAGUCAAUCAGCGGCAGAGCUGAGAAGGGCACAGCCGCGCGGCGGAGGGCAGAGGCAGCCGAGCCGAAUCCAGCCGAACGAGCGCACCAGCGCAGGGCAGUCGGAGCAGCGCGCAGCGAGCGCCCGCCGCUGCCCACACCCUCCGUGGUCCCCGCGGCGCCUGCUACGUUCCCCUCCUUCCCUGCGUCUCAACCUCGCCAGCCGGCCAGCUUGCCGGGUUCGCUUCCCUGCGGAACCCCUAGGUCACCGGCCCGCGCCUUUGCUCCCCUGGGCCGCGCGCCGCCUCCACGCCCUCCUUCUCCGGCCAGGCGCCUGGCACCGGGGACCGUUGCCUGACGCGAGGCCCAGCUUCACUUUUCGCCCCGCGUCUCCUCCGCCUGCUUGCCUCCUCCACAACUCCAACUCCUUCGCCCUCUAGCUCCACUCGCUAGUCCCUGACUCCUCCAGCCCUCGGCCCGCUGCCGUAGCGACGCUUCCCGUCCCGUCCCAAAGGUGGGAGUGCGUCCGCCCCGGCCCGCACCAUGGCACGGUUCGGCUUGCCCGCGCUUCUCUGCACCCUGGUGGUGCUCAGCGCCGCGCUGCUGGCUGCCGAGCUCAAGUCGAAAAGUUGCUCGGAAGUGCGACGUCUUUACGUGUCCAAAGGCUUCAACAAGAACGAUGCCCCCCUGCACGAGAUCAACGGUGAUCAUUUGAAGAUCUGUCUCCAGGGUUCUACCUGCUGCUCUGAAGAGAUGGAGGAGAAGUACAGCCUGCAAAGUAAAGAGGAUUUCAAAAGUGUGGUCAGUGAACAGUGCGAUCAUUUACAAGCUGUCUUUGCUUCACGUUACAAGAAGUUUGAUGGUAUGUUAUUCAAGUCAUGCUAUAGAAUAUACCUUGACUCUCAGAAAUUCAAGGGUGGGUGCUUUGGUCAAAGAAGUAUCCAAACCCUUAUAAUAGCUAAACCCUGGAUCAUUGGUGUGAAUGGAAGAGAGAAAGUUGGACAGACUAAAAAGAUGGUGGUAGGGAACGGGAACCAAGAUGGAGCAAAAUCCCUGAAUGAUAUGUUUGUGAAGACAUAUGGCCAUUUAUACAUGCAAAAUUCUGAGCUAUUUAAAGAUCUCUUCGUAGAGUUGAAGCGUUACUACGUGGUGGGAAAUGUGAACCUGGAAGAAAUGUUGAAUGACUUCUGGGCUCGCCUCCUGGAGCGGAUGUUCCGCCUGGUGAACUCCCAGUACCACUUUACAGAUGAGUAUCUAGAAUGUGUGAGCAAGUAUACGGAGCAGCUGAAGCCCUUUGGAGAUGUCCCUCGCAAAUUAAAGCUGCAGGUUACUCGUGCAUUUGUAGCAGCCCGUACUUUUGCUCAAGGCUUAGCGGUUGCCGGAGAUGUUGUGAGCAAGGUCUCCGUGGUAAACCCCACAGCCCAGUGUACCCACGCUCUGUUGAAGAUGAUCUACUGCUCCCACUGCCAGGGUCUCGUGACAGUGAAGCCAUGUUACAACUACUGCUCAAACAUCAUGAGAGGCUGUUUGGCCAACCAAGGGGAUCUCGAUUUUGAAUGGAACAAUUUCAUAGAUGCUAUGCUGAUGGUGGCAGAGAGGCUAGAGGGUCCUUUCAACAUUGAAUCAGUUAUGGAUCCCAUCGAUGUGAAGAUUUCUGAUGCUAUUAUGAACAUGCAGGAUAAUAGUGUUCAAGUGUCUCAGAAGGUUUUCCAGGGAUGUGGACCCCCCAAGCCCCUCCCAGCUGGACGAGUUUCUCGUUCCAUCUCUGAAAGUGCCUUCAGUGCUCGCUUCAGACCACAUCACCCGGAGGAACGCCCAACCACAGCAGCUGGCACUAGUUUGGACCGACUGGUUACUGAUGUCAAGGAGAAACUGAAACAGGCCAAGAAAUUCUGGUCCUCCCUUCCGAGCAACGUUUGCAAUGAUGAAAGGAUGGCUGCAGGAAACAGCAAUGAGGAUGACUGCUGGAACGGGAAAGGCAAAAGCAGGUACCUGUUUGCAGUGACAGGAAAUGGAUUAGCCAACCAGGGCAGCAACCCAGAAGUCCAGGUUGAUACCAGCAAACCAGACAUACUGAUCCUUCGUCAAAUCAUGGCUCUUCGGGCGAUGACCAGCAAGAUGAAGAAUGCAUACAAUGGGAACGAUGUGGACUUCUUUGAUAUCAGUGAUGAAAGUAGUGGAGAAGGAAGUGGAAGUGGCUGUGAGUAUCAGCAGUGCCCUUCGGAGUUUGACUACAAUGCCACCGACCACUCUGGGAAGAGUGCCAAUGAGAACGCCGACAGUGCUGGUGUCCGUCCUGGGACACAGGCCUACCUCCUCACUGUCUUCUGCAUCUUGUUUCUGGUUAUGCAGAGAGAGUGGAGAUAAUUCUCAAACCCUGAGAAAAAGUGUUCACCAUCAAAAAGUUAAAAGGCACCAGUUACCACUUUUCUACCAUCCUAGUGACUUUGCUUUUUAAAUGAAUGGACAACAAUGUACAGUUUUUACUAUGUGGCCACUGGUUUAAGAAAUGCUGACUUUGUUUUUCCAUUCAGUUUUGGGAGGAAAAGGGACUGUACAUUGAGUUGGUUCUUGUCCCUCAAACCAUGUUAAACGUGGCUAACAGUGUAGGUACAGAACUAUAGUUAGUUGUGCAUUUGUGACUUUAUCACUCUAUUGUUUGUUUGUUUGUUUGUUUCUCAUUUCGUUUUGGGUUUUUUUUUUUCCAACUAUGAUCUCGCCUUGUUUCUUACAAGCAAACCAGGGUCCUUUCUUGGCAUGUAACAUGUACGUAUUUCUGAAAUAUUAAAUAGCUGUACAGAAGCAGGUUUUAUUUAUCAUGUUAUCUUAUUAAAAGAAAAAGCCCAACAAGCAGUAACAUUUCCAUUUCUCCCUGUUAUUUUAGUUGCCUUAUCUGGAGAGACGUGGAGGUGAUUUUUUUUUUUUUUUAAUUAUUAUUAAGUUAGGACAGAAUGUGAGGGCACAAGCAGGCUUCUGAGCCACUUGUCAGAUUGUAUUCAAAGCAUCAAUCCAAGAAGAAGGUUAUACUUACUUCAUUUAUAGCUGGUAAUUGGAAGAGACUGCAGACUACUGCUUUGACUGAGUUGAAUUACAUAAGCUAAGAUUACUAUAGGUCCAUUUCUUGAACCCACUUAUACUUAAAAUGUAACCCAUUUAGAAAAAGAGUCUAGAUAGCAUCCCCCUUGAAAGAUAGAAGGUAUUCAGGAUAUCCCAGUUCUCACAUGUUCACACUUGGGUUUGGGAGUGUUUUAAAAACCAGGCAGGUUAGCUACUCCACCAUGUGCUAGUUUUCACGUUCACACUGACUCUGUUUGAAUUAAUAUCCCAGUGGCAGCAGUAAGCGACCUACAAUCUCGUUUGAUCCCCCUUAUUAGAGUGGUUUAGAUUUCAAACCCACCUCUGUACAGGGAGCUGUCUGGGAGCUAGCCAGAACUGGGGUACAGCCUGGGCUCAGGGAAUAGCUGUCAACACUUGGGCAAAGUUUUGUCUGUGCAUGUAUAUCUGCAUUUGUUUUGGGAACCCAGUCUUUAAGAGUGUAUAAGGUAUCUCAUUUGAGUCUUUUUCUCACCCAGCCCCCUGUUAUCAGUAAAACAAAGGAAUUGCCAUGGUUCACAGCAAUGUGUUUCGAUCCACGGUAUCAACCAAGUAGCCCACUUAGGGGAGAACUAGGUGUCCAGAUUUUUGUAUGUGUUGUUUUUCCUAGGGGGUGGGGUGGGGUGGGAGUAGGUAGAGCUGAGAAGACUACAUCUUAGCAGUGACCUUUAGCCACGUGGGUGAACUGGCAAAGGCCAUGGCCAUAUCUAUUGUCCCAGGCCAAAGAGUAACAACUGCCUUGGCCCCUUGGGAACCCCUGCCUUGUGUCCUUACCAAAUGAUAGCUCAUAAAACUCUGAGAAUGUAACAAAUCACUUUCAAAGGAGUUCCCAGAAGUCUUCAGAAAGACUAAAAUUCUGCAAGUCUCUUCCUGCUUUAGACAGCCAUUAAGAUCCCAACUGAUUUUACUGAACCCACAAAGAGGUUGUUUGUGUUAUUGUUCAAUUUCAUUUGUAAGAGUAAUUCUCUAUUUUUAUAUUGAAACAUAAUUACUUGUUAGCUCAGGGUCUACAUUUCAUUCAACUUUUUACACCAAAUUCUGCAGAGUGGUCAAAAUGGAAUAUUGGGGGCUGUUGUAAACAGAGGCUUAAUUUUAUUAGAAGUAGCCAGUUAUUUAUUAAAGCAUGAUGUUAAUAAAAUAGGCAUAUUCUGGCUGGUUCGUAUAAGUGAUUUUUUUUUUUUUUAAACAAAUCACAGAAGACAUAAAAUUGAAAAGGCACUCCAUUUAUAUAUGAGGAAAAAUAGAUUGUAAAUAGCUACUGGGCCUUGUGAGAACUUGGAAAAUGUGCUGAUACUUAGUAACUACCUCAGUUGUGAGGAAUUUCCUUUUUAGCUUAGACUGCUAUUAUUUUUACUUGGUAGAAAUGAAUCUGGUCUUCAAAAUAUGGCUCAGAGAGUUAUCCUCGUAGACCUUGUUAGAUUGUUUUUAAUUUAAAACCUUGAACUCUGCCCAGCUGUUUUCUUUCAGUCAGGUUCUCUAAACCAAUAACAUUUUCCGAAUUAAAUAUUCUUGAAGGUUCUUCUGUACUCUUACUGAAUUGUUUUCUUUCUUUGCAUUUUUUCCUGUUACUCUUUUAUUAUUUAAAUUGUCUCUUGCUUUUGAACUUGAACUAUGAAAUAAACAAAUCAUAGAUUUUUCCAUUCA